UCUUCACUAGCUACGUCAGUAGUAUCGACCCCCAGCGUCCAUACAUAGCCCCAACUCCCCCCGCCCCGCCCAGAGGGACCGUCUGUUGCCGCCAGAACCAAACCAACCAGCCCGGCGCCAUCAUGAGAGUGUUCCUCCUGGUCUGUGUGAUGUAUCUACAGUGGAGAUGUACACAAAGUGCUUUCCUCUGUUCCGCGUCCCAGUGCGUACCGGAAGCAACAUGUGAAGGGGGCGUCUGCGUUUGUCCUGUAAACCUUCCCGACGGCGAUGGAAGAUUCUAUUGCUAUCAAAAAGCUGAUCGGCUAGUUGGCAUCGAGUAUGGCGAUCCGCUGGUGCACACUUUGAUUCCAAGCGAGAAUUACCGUUUCCCCACCCCCUGCGGACACAUGAUACUGAAGGGGAACAUUCCCGGAGACUGCUACAUCUCCGCGUACGCCAACGGCCCCGACUUGGACACCAUCAGCAGCAUCUCGCGUACCUUCAUCAACGGGAUAGAGAUCAUCAUGAAGAAGCACAGCAAUGAAACACGCAUGAUCGUCAACACAGGAGUGGAGUUUCGGAAAAACGACCUCCCUGUGACGUACAGUGUGACGGAUGGGAUGGUGAACAUAGAUAUCACGGAGUGUUCCACGGUGAUCAAGUACUACUCCCCUAACCCAUACGUGGUCAUCGACAUUCCAAAGUCGGGCAAUCUCUACCAGGGCUCCAUGCUGCCGACAGAUGACCCUGAGAUGACCUUGAAACAACAGGCCGAGAGAUAUAACCUCACCGUGAAACAAGACACGCUAGUGAUGGCCCUCAAAAACAUCAAUUCGAUAUCCAGGGAGUGUCAGACGCUCCACGACCAGUUCAACUCCUACUGCCUCGACGUCGCGGAUGAGGACAUUGCCACCUUAAUCUGCGGCCAGUACGUGUUCACCGACGACGGAGAGCAGUGCCUGUCCCACCAUAAGAAUGCAAGACAACUCCUGAGCAGCAUGACGGAGUGCUUCCUUGACGUCUGUCUCUACAAGAAGACCCCCUGUGACGUCAUCAGUAAACACUUCUUCACAUGCGAGGAACCGCUGAGUGCGGAGUUGGCCAGCUUCAACUGUAACUGGUAGAAAGAACUCCAUUCAACACUUCCCCACACAUGUGUGUGUCCAAAUAAACAGCUUCGCUACGUUUAA